AUGUGUCGAGGAGAAAACAACAUGCAGAGAUUUAUUGCGAAGAACUGGGCGACCGAUUCUGUCGACAAAGUUCACAGACGAGCGGGGCCGAAGCCGAUCCACAGAUGCGAGCCAUGUCUCGGCCAGUUGUGCGACUUAAUUGACAUUAAAGAGUUCUGGGCGGACUAUCUUGUCGAGAUUUUUUGCAAACGCUCAGAUCGAAAAGCGACGGAUGAUUUCAUCAAAGAAAAAAUCGCUAGUCUUCAGUCAAACUGGACCCUUUGCGAUCACGUGAUCUUCGACCAGAACAACACCCCAAAAGUGAAAAACAUCAUCGCGACGCUGGAUGCCUCCAACCCGACCAAGCUCCUUGUGGUCGUGCGCAACUAUCAAAGAACAAGCAAAACUCCGUCAGCAGAAGAAGUCGAAGCUGUGGUUCCGAAAGAAACAGUUCCAAAAGAAUCGAAACAGCCAAUUUAA